GCGUGGGCCCGCUCCGUCGCCCGCCGCCGCCCGCUCGCUCCAGGCCGGGUUUUGAAGCCGCCCGCCGCUGCCUCCUGGCGGCUCCUGAACUCCAGCCCCCUCUCGAUCAGCCGCUCACUCCGUCUCAAUAUGUCUCAAGAUGGCGGCCAAUGUGGGAUCGAUGUUUCAAUAUUGGAAGCGCUUUGAUUUACCGCAGCUGCAGAGGGAGCUCGAUGCUACAGCAACAGUAUUGGCCAACCGACAAGAUGAAAGCGAGCAGUCUCGGAAGAGGCUCAUUGAGCAAAGUCGAGAGUUCAAGAAAAACACUCCAGAGGAUUUGCGCAAGCAGGUAGCUCCUUUGUUGAAGAGUUUCCAAGGAGAGAUUGAUGCACUGAGUAAAAGAAGCAAAGAAGCCGAGGCAGCCUUCUUGAAUGUCUAUAAGAGAUUAAUUGAUGUUCCAGAUCCGGUCCCAGCCCUGGACCUCGGGCAGCAGCUCCAGCUCAAGGUCCAGCGCAUGCACGAUAUUGAAACUGAAAACCAGAAGCUAAGAGAGACUCUGGAGGAAUAUAACAAAGAGUUUGCCGAAGUGAAAAAUCAAGAGGUCACAAUCAAAGCACUUAAAGAGAAAAUCCGGGAAUAUGAGCAGACCCUGAAGAACCAAGCGGAGAAUAUUGCUCUCGAAAAGGAACAGAAGCUACAAAAUGACUUUGCAGAGAAGGAGCGAAAGUUGCAAGAAACACAGAUGUCCACGGCCUCCAAGCUGGAGGAAGCCGAGCAUAAAGUUCAGACUUUGCAAACAGCCCUGGAGAAAACUCGAACAGAAUUAUUUGACCUGAAAACCAAAUAUGAUGAAGAAACUACUGCAAAGGCCGACGAAAUUGAAAUGAUCAUGACCGACCUUGAAAGAGCAAACCAGAGGGCAGAGGUGGCUCAGAGAGAGGCAGAGACCUUAAGGGAACAACUCUCGUCAGCUAACAAAUCUCUCCAGCUCGCCACGCAGAUCCAGAAGGCGCCCGAUGUGGAGCAGGCGAUAGAGGUACUGACCCGUUCCAGCUUGGAAGUUGAACUGGCCGCCAAAGAACGGGAGAUCGCCCAGCUCGUAGAGGACGUUCAGAGGCUCCAGGCCAGCCUGACGAAGCUCCGGGAGAAUUCGGCCAGCCAGAUAUCCCAGCUCGAGCAGCAGCUGAGUGCCAAGAACAGCACGCUCAAACAACUGGAAGAAAAACUGAAAGGACAGGCUGAUUAUGAAGAAGUGAAGAAAGAAUUAACCAUCCUGAAAUCCAUGGAAUUCGCCCCAUCGGAAGGCUCCGGGACCCAGGAUGCGUCCAAGCCGCUGGAGGUCUUACUGCUGGAGAAGAACCGCUCUCUGCAGUCGGAGAACGCCACCCUGCGAAUUACCAAUAGUGACCUGAGCGGGUCAGCCAGGAGAAAAGGGAAAGACCAGCCUGAGAAUCCGCGCCCUGGAGCUUUGCCGGCCUCCCCUCCUUCUCAGUUGCCCCGCAACCCAGGGGAGCAGGUUUCCAAUACUAAUGGUACACACCAGUUCUCACCAACGGGUUUAAGUCAAGACUUUUUCAGCUCAUCCCUGGCAAGCCCCAGCCUACCCCUGGCUUCUACAGGAAAAUUUGCACUAAACUCUCUCCUCCAGCGACAGCUAAUGCAGUCCUUCUACUCCAAGGCCAUGCAGGAAGCCGGAAGCACAAGCAUGAUUUUUCCAACAGGUCAAUACAGCACAAACUCCAUCCCCUCCCAAAGUCCAUUACAACAAAGCCCCGACGUAAACGGCCUGGCCCCGUCUCCCAGCCAGUCCGAAAGCGCCGGCAGCGUCUCCGAAGGCGAGGAGAUGGACACGGCCGAGAUUGCGCGCCAGGUGAAAGAACAGUUGAUCAAGCACAAUAUUGGACAGCGGAUAUUUGGACAUUAUGUCUUGGGACUGUCGCAAGGGUCCGUGAGCGAGAUCCUGGCCCGGCCAAAGCCGUGGAACAAGCUGACCGUGCGAGGCAAGGAGCCGUUCCACAAGAUGAAGCAGUUCCUGUCGGACGAGCAGAACAUCUUGGCUCUCCGGAGCAUCCAGGGCCGGCAAAGAGAAAAUCCAGGCCAGAACCUGAACAGACUAUUUCAGGAAGUGCCGAAACGAAGAAAUGGGUCUGAAGGUAACAUCACAACUCGGAUCCGAACCACUGAGACUGGCUCUGAUGAAGCCAUCAAGUCAAUUCUGGAGCAAGCCAAAAGGGAGCUUCAAGUGCAGAAAACAGCAGAGCCAGCCCAGCCCUCCUCGACUUCGAGCGGCGCCAACUCGGACGACGCCAUCCGGUCCAUCCUGCAGCAGGCCCGCCGGGAGAUGGAGGCCCAGCAAGCAGCCCUCGAGCCCGCCUUAAAGCCCACGCCCCUGUCUCAAGCCGACAUCUCCAUCCUGUCCCCCAAGAUCAUCACCUCCUCGCCCAUGUCCUCCGUGUCCAGCUACUCCCCCCUGGCCAUCUCCCUGAAGAAGCACUCUUCGGCCGCGGAGUCCAGCAUCUCCGCUCUGCAGAACCUCUCAGGUCUCAAGAAGGAGUCCCAGGAGGCCCCGGGCUUGGAGCUCCACGGCGUGGCCGAGUCGGCGCAGGGCGUGCUGCGGCACGUCAAGAACGAGCUGGGCCGCGGCGGCGGCGUCUGGAAGGACCACUGGUGGAACGCCGUCCCGCAUGAGAGGAGGAACGCGGCCCCGCCCGACGAGGUCAAGGCCGAGGACGCCGGCGGCGCCAAGGAGAAGCCCGGAGGCAGCGGCCAGCCCCGGCCCGAGCGCGGCCAGCUGCAGGGACCCUCUUCUGAGUACUGGAAGGAGUGGCCGAGCGCCGAGUCGCCCUACUCCCAGAGCUCGGAGCUGAGCCUGACGGGGGCCAGCCGCAGCGAGACGCCCCAGAACAGCCCCCUGCCCUCCUCCCCCAUCGUGCCCCUGUCCAAGCCCUCCAAGCCCUCCGUCCCGCCGCUGACGCCCGAGCAGUACGAGAUCUACAUGUACCAGGAGGUGGACACGAUCGAGCUGACGCGCCAGGUCAAAGAGAAGCUGGCCAAGAACGGCAUCUGCCAGAGGAUCUUUGGGGAAAAGGUUUUGGGCCUCUCACAGGGCAGUGUCAGUGACAUGCUGUCAAGGCCGAAGCCGUGGAGUAAACUGACCCAGAAGGGCCGGGAACCAUUUAUUCGGAUGCAGCUGUGGCUCAACGGCGAGCUGGGCCAGUGCGUCCUGCCCGUGCAAGGACAGCCCCAAGGACAAGUCCUCCACUCUGUGACGUCAUUGCAGGACUCCCUCCAGCAGGGCUGCGUGAGCUCAGAUAGCACUCCAAAGACCUCGGCCAGCUGCAGCCCUGCCCCGGAGUCCCCGAUGAGCUCCAGCGAAUCGGUGAAGAGCUUGACCGAGCUGGUCCAGCAGCCGUGCCCCGCCAUCGAAACGAGCAAGGAUGGGAAAGUCCCGGACCCCGGGGACCCUCCGGCCUCCGACUCGCAGCCGGCCACGCCUUUGCCGCUCUCGGGACACUCGGCCCUCAGCAUCCAGGAGCUGGUCGCCAUGUCGCCCGAGUUAGACACUUACGGCAUCACCAAGCGGGUCAAAGAGGUGCUCACGGACAAUAACCUUGGUCAGCGUCUGUUUGGAGAGACGAUCCUGGGGCUCACUCAGGGCUCUGUCUCCGACCUCCUCGCGCGCCCCAAGCCCUGGCACAAGCUGAGUCUGAAGGGCAGGGAGCCCUUCGUCCGGAUGCAGCUCUGGCUGAACGAUCCCAAUAAUGUGGAAAAGCUGAUGGACAUGAAGCGGAUGGAGAAGAAAGCCUACAUGAAGCGGAGGCACAGCUCCGUGAGCGACAGCCAGCCCUGCGAGCCCUCCUCGGUGGGCAUCGACUACAACCAGGGCGCCAGCCCCCAGCCCCAGCACCAGCUGAAGAAGCCCCGCGUGGUCCUGGCCCCGGAAGAGAAGGAAGCGCUCAAGCGCGCCUAUCAGCAAAAGCCAUACCCAUCACCAAAAACCAUUGAAGAACUCGCCACCCAGCUCAACCUGAAAACCAGCACCGUCAUCAACUGGUUCCACAACUACAGGUCUCGCAUCCGCAGGGAGCUCUUCAUCGAGGAGAUCCAAGCAGGGAGCCAGAGCCAGGCCGGGGCCAGCGACUCGCCCUCGGCCCGGAGCGGCCGCGCGGCCCACAGCUCGGAGGGCGACAGCUGCGACGGCGUGGACGCCGAGGGCCCGCCCGAGGGCAAGAGCGGCGCGCCCGAAGUGCCGGACGAAGCCGGCAGUGCAGCCACAAAGUCUCAGGGAGGGCAGGUGGAGGCGGCGGCGGAAGCGGGCGGGGAGCUCCUGCAGCUCGCCCGGUCCGCGGAGAAAAGCGAUUCAUUCCACGCGGGAAUGGAGCCCCCGGCCCAGACGGACGACGAGGGCCGGCCCGCGGGGCCGCGUCGGAGCUCUCCGCCGGGCUCGCGGGGUUCGGGAGAGCCCCCGGAGGCCCCGCCAAACUCUGCUCCAGAAGAGGACGCCUCUACCUCAGCCGCCUCCGCCACGGCCCCUGUCGGGGAGAGCCCCUCCAAGCCGAAGGAGAGCUCGGAGAAAAGCCCCAGUUUGCCAAGUACCAGCUCCACCGCCUCCGGCCCCCAGAAACCCCACUCCCUCCAGAGCCUGUUCAGCUUCCCCGAGGCGACCGGCGCCAAGACCACGCGAGACAACACGCUGAGGAAAAAGAAAGCCGCCAACUUGAACAGCAUCAUCCACCGCCUGGAGAAGGCCGCCAGUCGGGAAGAGCCCGUCGAGUGGGAGUUCUGAGCCGACGGAGCCGGGCAGGCGGGACUGGACCUCCCUGGGCUGGCCUUCCUUGGGCUGCGCACUUACCGCCCUGCGGGCCACAGGGCAAAAUCGCCAUAGGCCAAGGUGCAUAUAGAAAACAGAAGGGGCGUCGAGCCCAUUUACGUUGCGUUUUCGAGGAAGAAAACAGAUGUGUAGUCAAGCCUUUUUGUACCCUCAAGUGUUUUUUUUAUUGCCCUAAGUGAUUUCCACAGUUUCUGGAAUAACUCUUACAGCCUUUGCCUUGCGCCCUCGUCUUUCGUGUGGGCUUUUAAAAAAAAAAAAUCAAACCCACAUAUUAAAAGGGGGCUUUUUAUCCGCCAUCUGAUGGCUUCAGAGCGAUAAUACACUAUUAUCUUCUUAAACCAGGAAAAAUGGGGAGCGGGGGGGACAUUUUUCAGAAAAGUUUAAAAAAAAAGAAAGUUUUUGUAGCUGUCCAGUUGCCACUAAGAGAUUGCACAGUCAAGCCGACUCUAAACACACUAGUUUGGAUUCCUAAAUAUUUUCAAGAAAAGAAUCUUCUUGUUUGAAACUUUGAAUUUAAAAAAAAAAAAACACAUUUACUCCACAUAUUUUUUAACAAAAGAAAAAAAAAAGUCACAUCAGGAAAAUAUCUUGGUUUGUGGUAGCUGACGGGCGGGCGGGCGUCGUGUUUUCUGUGAGUGACAAUAGAACCUUGACACGUAGUGCACAUGACUCCAUAGCUUUAACCAAUUCUGGGCUUUUGCAGACCAGGGUUUGUUUAAUACACUCCAUUUUAGGCCAAAUCAGGACAAAAAAAAAAUCGGAAUCUAGGUAUUUUAUAAUCUGCUUUUUAACCUCUAACCGCAGAGCACGCUGAUCAGACCUCAUAUCUGGGAGGUUUCGGAGACAAGUUAGAACCGUAGCAUGUACUUGUUGGUUUUGCCUAAUUUAUAGCGUCUAUGUGUUUUGUUUGCCUGCGUGGGUGCAUGCGUGUGUAUGUGUGCGUGUGUGUGUGCGUGUGCGCGCUUUGGAAAAGAAAGAGGGAAAGAGUUGGCCAGUAACAUUUCAGCAUGCAGCUCGGGGGGCCCUUGGUUACGACCUGAGGUGCCCAGGGGAACUGGAACAGGGCUCCGUCCCUUACCGAUGGAGGACUCUCCUGGUGAGAGAUGGUGCGGACCGCUCUCCCUGAGCCGGAGCCUGCCUCAGAUGAAGAUAGCUCCCUUGGUGUCAUUCCUCUCCCUCUCUGUCUCCCUCUCCCCUUUUUCCCUUCUCUUUCUCUCUCUCUCUCUCUCUCUCUCUCUCUUUCUCUCUCCCUCUCCCUCUCCCCUUCCUCCCUUCCCCCUCUCAUUCAUUCAUUCUCUCUCUCUGUCUCCCUCUCUCUCUCUUUCCUCCUCCUCCUCCUUCCUCCCUUCCUCUCUUCUCUCUCUUUGUCUCUCUUCCCCUUCUCCCUCCCUCUCUUUCUGUCUCCUCUUUCUCUCUCCUCCCCUUCUCUCUCUCUUCUCUCUCCUCUGUUUCUCUUCUAUCUCCCCCCUCCCACAAGCCAUCUCUUGCUAUCACAUUCACUCUUGCUAUCUCUCCCUCUUCCCACAACAAGCACUGAUCACUAUGUUGAAGUCGUGGGAAGACGGUUGGGUUUUUUAUUUUUUCCUGUACAAGAAGAGAGCGCCCGGCAGUAACCAUCCGCCCCCCUCCCCUCCUCGCCCCCAAACAGAAGCGGCCCUAACUCUUAAACCAAACCGUUCAUGCUCCUGGACCGCGGUCCAGAUGGUUCUGCCCUUCGUCAAGUUUGCCUCUUGGAAACAAGCUUCCUUUAUGCACAGUUUCGGACAGACUGAGUACAAAUCAGAAGUCUAACUUGUCUCUAAUUCCUCCUGUUGUCUAUGUGUAGAUGCGUGAGAACAGAGGUGAGUGAGAGAGUUCGCGAGUGAGUGUGAGUGCGCGCAUGAAAGCCGUUUUCUACGUCUCGUCUUUUCUUACGUACCUGUGCACACAUGAGAGUGCAUUACUGCCACCUUUUUUCAAUACGCUCUUUUAUCAGUUUGGCUUCAACAAAUUUGCUAAUUUAGACUCCUUUAUUGCCAUAUCUUUAAAACUAACAAUAGAUGAUUUCGGUAUAUAUAUAUAUAAAUAUAUAUAUAUUAUUUUUUUUUUGCUUAUUUAUAGGUGCUGUAUUUUAUUAUCUGAUUGUUAGGAAGGGAUGAAAGGGGGCAAAUAUUCUUUAGUGGGAUAGACUGCCGGCAGUAUUGGGUAUACUUUACAAAAUGUUGUUGUCAUACUGUAUAUUAUUGAUUGAAAACUUUUGACCGUAUUGUGUAUCAUUGAAACUUUUGUCUUAGGUCAGCAUCUUUGGAUGACAUUUUCAUGGUGCAUUCAUUAUUUCUUAAGUUGAAUUAAUCUUUCUCUUUUUGAUUGCGGGGAGGGGGCGCUACAGUUUGGAAGGUAUCCCCCCACUGUCACGCCUCAGCGUGCUUGUAUUAAUUAACUAAUAGAACUUGGACUGUAAGAUGUGAAACCAUAUUUCUUGCAUGAUGUUUUAGAAACGAUGUAUUUCAUUUACAGUCUCUUAACCUGCAGCACUUAGUUUGAGUGUUCACAAAUUCAGAGUCACUACACUUUUUUUUUUUUUAAAUGCCUUUUCAUGAACAAGAAGUAUGCAGAAGGCUCUAGGAGGCUGGGAGACGGUAGUUUCUGUCCUUAUGGUCGCAUCAGCUCUGGGCUCCAAGUCUGGUUCUAAUACUGAGAUUCCUUUUGGAAGUAAAGCUCAAAAUUGAGGUCCUUGGAGAGAAAGCAAGGUGCCCAUCUCACUGAGUCCCCGGGCAGGAGAGAGGGAGGUUUUUGGGGAGGGGCCAACCUUAAGAAGAGACUUGUCAGGACCAUGGAGAGCACGAGGUGGGGGUGGGGGAGCUUUAGGGAGGGACCCUGGGAGAACCUAACAGGUCACAGGAUGAGUCUGAGUUGGGAAUGGAUGUCUAGGUGGUAAGACUGGUCUUUGCAAAGCCAUCGAGUCCCAGGAGCUUUGACGGACAAAGUUGCUGGGACCUCGGCUCUCUCUGCUUCCUCCCAUCAUGACUUGGGGAGUCAUUUCUGACUCAAUGGCCUUCUCAAUCUGACUUCUUUUUUUUUUCUGGCCAAAUUCCCAUCUGGGUGCUUGAUACAAUCAGCUGGCUCCGUGGGGCGGGUUCUCCCCUUCCCCUAGUAUUUAUCUGCUCAGUUUCGAUCUCAGGCCGGUGGUCUUGGGUUGUGUCUUUCCUGCUUCCUUAGCGCUCCCACUAUAGGACAUGGAAACCAAUGGAACAUGAAUUAAUCUUUCAUCUUGAUAAGCAAUAUUCAAGUGCCUUGAAAAGCGUGCCCUUAGUUGACAUUUUUUUUCUUCCCAGUCCUCUUUGGCCCGUGUCUCGCUCUCCAUCACACACGCAAGCAGAUCGCCCGCUUCCGUAUCCUCUGUCACUUUAGAGAGCUGAUUUGUACCUCUCCCCCGGGGGAAAUGUUUCCAUUUAAAACACUAACAUUUAAUUACAAGCUCCAUUAUACCAUUUAAAACGGUUUCUUUGUGCUAAUUGGAGGCAGUAUUCAUAAUUCUGAGUCAAGGUUGCCGUCACGAUUACCUUAGCCAGCCAGCGCUGGGCACGUCACGUCCCCCUGCUGGCGUCCGCUCCCGCUCGGGUUCGUCGGUGGUUCUCGUGAUGGAAGGUGUGUUUGUUCAGAUAGAGCCGGGUCUGAUGGGAGGCCCCGCGGCGUGCCAGCCCAAGGGGCAGACCAGUGGUCGUGCAUGGCAGGGAAGCUCAGCUCUCUUGCCAGGUGAUGGCGCCAGGGGCAGCCAUUCUGAAGAGGGAGGCCAGGCCCCGGGACGUGGCCCGAGAACACUGGCAAAAAGGGAGGGGAGACGGCUUCCCUCCACCUGAGAGGGGUUUUCAAACUCAGUCAUUUCAGUCAGAGUUAUUAAUAGGGGAAGGGUGGAGGGGAGGACGCAAUAUGGCGACAGGCAUUUGGAGUGUUUGCCCACCUGAGGCACAUGGAUGCCCCGACCAGUUUUAAUAAUCUCUUGUUUUCUUUUCCAUUUAAAAGAACAAUGACCUCCUCUUCCCCCUCCAAAAAAAAAAAAAAAAAAAAAGAACCACAUAUUUAGAACUCUUAAGAGAUUGUGAAAUGGGCCCCGAGUUAGCCUGCCUCGGAGGCGGCAGCCUCCUUAGGCAUGUACGGGGAAAAGAGGGAAAAUGUCAUUAGUGUCUAAGCAAUCACCCCAUCGUUCGCCCUUGCAGGAAGAAGAGGUGGGAAUCUGGCCCCCUUCUCUCCAAGUCGGCACUCAUGACGCUGUGAUUUCGCAGCGAGACAAGGAAUACCCAGUAAAGCAAGCUCUAGAUUGGAAGUGCUGAUUUAUUGCUCUGAAAUGGACAAAUCGGGUUGGGGAAACAGGCUCACUCGGCCUAUACCCCUUACUAGAGAGCAAACUCAGAAACCGGCCAGGGGCUCGAGACUUCUUUGAAAUUCUGCCCCUUUAAAAUGGAAACACCCAGAAAGGGAUCAGUAAGACCUUCAACAUCUUAUGGAAUCAUCCCCAGUUUUUGAUUUUCAUUGGAGAGAAAAAAACAAUCUCCCUUUAAAAUGAACUGAAGGCCUGGAGGAGGAGGAAGGGAGGGCAGAGGGAUAGGCCCUUCUGGAGCCAGUACAGUCACAUUUAAUUCUGCAAAUAUUUAUUGAAUACUAAGUAAAAUGGUGAUUGUGACAUUAAAAAAAAGGGGGGGGGCCAUUUAGCCACGAGACCGUUCCAUCUUAAAAGAUGCAGUAAGACACAUCUGGCAGCUGAGCUGUGCGGGGUGCAGAUCCCAAAUUUCUAGAUUUCAUAAUUCAGUUAGAGGAAGGGGGCCGGAUGGGAAAUGACUGCUAAAAGAUGAAAGUUGUGGAUAAGGUUUGGAUUUUAGGCCAGAACUUCACAUUAUACAAUCUGCUCUUGACUUCCUUUGAAAAUGCCCCCUCCCGUCUACCCUACCCCCUUGUCGAACCCCUAGUCUCCCAUCUUCUUCUCAUUCUAUACCUUCCUCUUCAGUGGUGCUGUUGGGACAGUGGGCUGGGACAGGAAGGAAAGGAGGUGGUAGGUGAGUGAGCGAGCGAGCGACUGCUGUUCUUCCCUUCUGUCACUUGAGACACAUGGUUUGGGAAAUACGGAAUAAUGAAUUGUUCAUUUUUCAUAUUCCCUUGCCUCUUGGUAUGCCUUCCUUUUCUCUUUACCUUUUUUCUUCCAUUCUUUUUUCUUUCUUCUAUUUCUUUAAUUCUUUGCUUUUUCUUCCUUUCUAGCUUUCCUUUCUUUCCCCCUCUCCUUUCUCCCUUUUUUCCUCUUCCUUUCUCCUUUUUCAUUGUCAUUCCUUCUCUCUUUUCCUUCCUUUUGUUCUCUUCAGUCCGUUCUGCUCCACCUUUGGGAGCCAGCCGUUGCUGUUGAUAUCAGUGAGAGCCACUAUCCCAAAAUGCAAAAUGGCCCCGUGUCUCUAUUUAGUUACCUAAUUGGGAUUAGCAACCUAAAGGAUGCAUGAAGCCCCAUCAUGAGAUAGGGAGGAUAAGAUUUCUAGCCACCCCCACCCCACUCCCCAAUUAAUCGAUCAGCCUUUUAAAGAACCUUUAAAGAACCUUUUAAAGAACAUUGUGUCUAGGUUGCUCAGGUUUCCAGUAAAUUCAUAAAACCCCACUGGUGCCCGUUAUCUACAGGCUUUCUGCACAGCAUCAGUAUAUUCCAGUGAGAAUUGUGCCGAAUUCGAAGGCGAGAGACCCUCCUGGGCUCCUUGGCGGAGCAGGGCAGUCCUGGGCGAGGGCCUGGCCCUUCCGCGCCUCUGUUGCCUUGUCUUUGAGAAGAGGAGCUGGGCUAGAGCCUCUCGAAGGCCGGUCCUCAGCUUAGGAUGGUGUGACUAAUCUGCCGGUGAUCAUGUGUGUGAGAAUGGAAUGACUCUUUGGAAAGCAAUGAUAAAUGCCGGGCAAUUUGUGUAAUCUCCUUAUACCUGGGCAGGUAAAUAAUAUGCAUUCCCAGAAAAAUCCUAUAUUUAGAGGCCCCCAAAGAGGCACAGCGGUUUCUAUUUUGUGCCUUAAUGGCUUGAAAUCAGUCAUUAGAGUCUCCAAGGUAAAAUGAUUAUGCCAGAAGGGGAGAGGGAAGAGGAGAAAGGAAAGGAGACUGGCAAGGUUCCAACCGUGUAAUUUCAGGUAAUAUCCAUUCUAAUACCAGGCUUCCUCCAUUUAGCAGACUGGAAGCCAUGUUUGCAUGCUCAGAACUGUCUGAGAAUGAAAAGUAUCCUGAUUGCCGACGGUUUCUGCCCUUUUUUAGGCGAAAGAAGUCAUUUAUCUACUAAAAAAAAAAAGUAGCUUUUUCAGGAUCCCCUCCCCCCAACAAGCCUAAACUAUAGACUAAGAGUCAAGAAUCAAUUUGCUGGCAGCUUCCAUACAUGUGUAAACUUAAGCAAGCCGGGUGAAGGAGAUCAUCUCAAAUUGGGGCCGGGGUAGGGGAAGGGUGGAGAAGGGGGAACUGCCCUUUCCAAAUGUUGCCAGCCCGCACCAAGUCUUCACAGACUAGCCCUCGCCCCUGACUUCCUUUUCUUCUGCUCUUAACUGUUACUUCUCCCACCUCUUUCCUCCCUUGAAAGGAGUUGACAUUUCCAUGACAGUCUUUUUUCAUCGUUGACAUUCUUUGUUUUUGUGUGUAAAGUGACAUUUAGCUUUAACAAAAAAUUUCCAAAGCUCCUACUCACCCCCCGCCCCAAAUGCUCGGUUUUCGAGUUUUGCAUCACCACCAGAAGCCCCCUUUAAGGCAAGAGAAAGGACAAAAUUAGGCCGUUGUGCUAGAUUUUGUCGAGAGCGGUUUUCUCAGCACCUCUUUGUUUUCUCUUUCUAGAGAGGUCAUCUUUUUUUAAGUCCUCUGAAUCACUUCUUGUAGGUUAUUUUUAUUUAUUCCAGAACGUCCCAAAGUCUAAUGGCAACCGUUCUUUAGCAAUGUUUAGAUUUUGAUGUUUCUACCAUAAAAUGUUAUUUAUCAAACUUUCUGUAAUCAGAAAGGAAAGGUGCCUUAUAUCCUGAUGUCAUUACCAUGUCCCCAUUGAAAAGGACCUAAAGCACAGUGUACACAUGAGCAGACAGGACAGAUUUAGUUCAAAAUUAAAAGUAAACAAUUUUUUUUUAAAUUUAAACAUCGCUGCAUUUGAGUGACCCUGGAUUGCUAAUUAGAAAGAAAACUAGAAAAUACUUAAAUAGAUAGAAAAGCUUGGUGCAAUAAACAUUUCUGCUUCUUCUUUUAGUUUGAAAAGCUUCAUACUGUAUUGCACACCGAAUGUAGACAAAGCAGCUUUCGAUUGCGGUGAUUCAGGUCAUACCCGCAUCUAAGUAGAUUCACUGGGGUUUCUUUCGCCUUGCGAGUGUAAGAUCUGCCACAGUGACCCACCCCGUCCCUCAGCCUCUCGAUGGCGACCACGGAGGGACCCUCCCGUCCCGAGUGAGCGAUUUGUCCACACGUGCACCUCCGAGACCGCGAUUCAUCAAGCACCCAUAUGAUCUGGACCUGACCAACAGCACUUCUUUUCUUGGAUGCCUUGAAAUAUUUCUAUAGAAGGAAUGUCAUGACAUCAGCCUGGAGCUUGGGAAAUCAGGCGGUUUUUCCAUUCUGUUCCUUUGGGGCUCCCACCUGGUCAGCACUUCCAAGCCCUGAUUUGGUUUUGUUUUUCUUACUGAAAUUGGCCAGGCCCUGACCUGUUAACAUGAGAAUAAUUAUAAAAGGAUGUCUUAUUUUAAAGCUUAUUUCUAUCCUCUUCUAUUUAUUAUUAGGGUCAUUAUUUUUUAAAAAAAAAUCUUUUUCAGAGUAGUUUGGUUAUUUGUGUGUGUGUAUGUAUGUGUGCGUGUAUGUGUGUGUGCGUGUGUGCACAUGCUUUCCCCCAUGUAAACACAACUCCCGCCUUUCCAGAUUCCUGGGAUGAAGGAAUCCUGGCCAGUUGGGGCCAGGACAGUGGAUUUCUAGUGGAUUGAUGGGUUCAGAGUCUGCUUAGCACAAUCAAGCCAGCCAUUUUUUUUGCAGUAACCCUUUAAAAGAUUUCCUUCUAUUGCUCGCCAUUUAACCUAAAGAGUUGACGAACAAAAGUCCACCAGUUAAUUAAAGUGCUGAGAUCGGGGGUGUGAGGGACUGCAAAAUAAGACUUAGCAAAAAGCCAAGAUUAGAUACCCAAAGCCUCCUAGAGCCUCUCUCAAUACUUUGGAAUUCAUGAAGAUAAGAGUCAUCUUUUGUCAGUCUAUCCAAGGAUAUCGCUGUUAAAUGAGAGACUGGUUUCCUGCAAUGUUCUUCUCGGUUAACGUGUUUUAGUUGACGGAUUCAGAGUCAUUGUUAUUGUUUGUUGUUUUCUUGCCUACAAAGUUAGCCAAAACUGUCUGGUGAAACGACGUUUCCUAGCGCCCGCCAUCGUUGGGCCCCUCAGAACUAGAACCGAUUUGGGAAGGGGCCUGGAACAUUCAAAAGAGCAUUCUGUAGGCAGAACCUCAGCCACAGAGAGAGGCAGCAACUUUCAUAAAAUGAAAAGCAUGCUCAAGAUCUCGCCCACUUUUCAAGGGAAGGGAGGAAAAGAAAAGAGCAAGAAGGGGUCUGCUUCCCAACACAUCUAACUAACUGCCAGGGCUUCAGUCAGAUCUAAACCAGCAUGGGUCCCAGGAGAAAGAAGCUUACUUACAGUAGGCACAGGUCUAAGGAACUGAGCACAUCACUGCUUCUAUGGAUCAGAAGCAAACUCCCACUUUGCCUUCUAAGGAUGGAUGGUCCCACUAAACAACAGAUCUUUUUUUUUUUUUUCUGAAUUUAUUUUUUGUGUGUGUGCCGUGGCUUUUUCCCCCCCAUUCUGUUCUUGGUUUUAUUUUUUUGUUUGUUUUGUUGGGUUUUUUUUGUUUUGGGGGUGGGAGGGUGGGAAACUAGGUGAUGUUUUUGUUUUGAGUAAAGUCCUCUGAUUUAAAAAAAAAAAAUCAUUGUCCCCCUCUGCAGAGGGUUUUUAUUUUUACCCAAAUAGUCUAUGCAUUUCUAUAGAUUGAGCUGGUUUCCGCCUCUUUUCUCGAGAACGCUGGCAGGACGCGUCCCACCCUCGACAAACCCCUCAGAAAAAUGCCGUCUAUUUAAGCGACUCGAGAGUUUGGACAAAAUUCCCAAGGCAUUUGAGAGUAACUUGUUAUAACAGAAAAGGGUUGGGUUUUUUUUUUCUCGUUUAUUUUUAAGUGGUUUUCUUCACAUCCCUUUUUGUUUAGUAAGAAAUUUAACUCUUUGCAUUUGUGCAAUAACUACUUGCCAUGAUAAUGGGCAGAGUUUUUUUCAUGCCCUGACUACUAAUACAGCACAAAAUGAACUCAAAACAGAAAGUGGUGUACUUUUUCCUGAGAACGAUUUUUUUGUCAAUUUCAUUUUUUUUAAAUAAGCUCAGUUUUACCCCAGUGUACUGUGGUGUCUUACAUUUUUAGCAGUAUUUUAUAUUUUUUUUCUCUGUAACGCACUAAGUCUUAGAUGUUUUUAGAGCUUGUUUGUUAAAUUCACAAUCACAGAUUUAAAAAAAAAAUCCUCACAAAGACCCAAUUGACCAAAAAAAAGUGUCAUUUUUUUUUGUACAAAUAGCUUUGAGAAGCCUUUGUUGUGUUGCUGUGACUCAUCUUUUGUAACAUUUUAUUUCUUGCUAUUUGUUUAAACAUAAAAAGUAAAAAGUUUAUAUGGCCGGCAUUCGGGGCAAAAGUCCCCUCGGGCCAGCCCAAUGGCAUUGUUUCUUCUGUCUUCGUUUGGUUAGCCAUAUAAUGUUUGUUCUCAGCACUGUACAACGGUCCCUAUAUGAUAUGGAGAAGCAAUAUCACUGUAUGAAACUCACACGAUGUAUUAUUAUUAUUAUUCACUAGCACCCUAGGUGUGAUAAUUGAAGUAAAUAUCUUUUAUACAAACACAAGAA